AGCGGUGCAUCCUCCUCCCGGCCGCCCGGCGAGAGUUCGGUUGAGAGGGUGCUGGAUGGUGGGGGGAGUACCACUGAUGAGAGAAGGACUAUUUUAACACGCAUUGGAGGACCAUUACUCUUAUCUACUGGGUACCAUUAAACUACUGGGAAGGGUUUCUUCAUCUGCUGCGUGCGGUGGUCUUUUGUGUUCUGCUUCUGGUUCCCAGCAGCAAUGUCACAGAGGAGUGGGCAGGAGGACCCGGAGCGGUACCUCUUCGUGGACCGCGCCGUGGUCUACAACCCGGCCGCGCAGGCCGACUGGACCGCUAAGAGGCUAGUAUGGAUCCCGUCGGAACGCAACGGCUUCGAGGCCGCCAGCAUUUGUCAGGAGCGCGGAGAUGAGGUGGUGGUGGAGCUGGCGGAAAACGGGAAGAAGGCGGUGGUCAACAAGGACGAUAUCCAGAAGAUGAAUCCGCCCAAGUUCAGCAAGGUAGAAGACAUGGCCGAGCUCACCUGCCUGAACGAGGCCUCAGUGCUUCACAACCUCAAAGACCGCUACUACUCCGGCCUCAUCUAUACAUACUCUGGUCUCUUCUGCGUGGUCAUAAAUCCUUACAAAAACCUGCCCAUCUACUCAGAGAACAUCAUCGAGAUGUACAGGGGCAAAAAGAGGCACGAGAUGCCCCCUCACAUCUACGCCAUCUCAGAGUCCGCAUACAGGUGCAUGUUACAAGAUCGAGAAGAUCAAUCCAUUCUCUGCACAGGUGAGUCCGGAGCUGGCAAGACGGAAAACACAAAAAAGGUCAUUCAGUACCUGGCACAUGUUGCCUCCUCCCACAAAGGAAGAAGAGACCACAACAUCCCUCCAGAAUCUCCUAAACCAGUGAAACUACAGAUGCAAAAUGCAGUUAGUGGACCCCUGUUUUAUGGUGAACUGGAACGUCAGCUUUUACAAGCCAACCCCAUCCUUGAAUCUUUUGGGAACGCUAAGACAGUGAAAAACGACAACUCAUCACGUUUUGGGAAAUUCAUCCGGAUCAACUUUGAUGUUACUGGAUACAUCGUUGGGGCGAAUAUUGAAACCUACUUACUUGAGAAAUCCAGAGCUAUUCGUCAAGCCAAAGAUGAGCGCACCUUCCAUGUUUUCUACCAGCUGCUGGCUGGAGCUGGAGAGCACCUCAAAUCGGACCUGCUUUUGGAAGGAUUCAACAACUAUCGUUUCCUGUCCAACGGUAACAUCCCCAUCCCGGGCCAGCAGGACAAAGACAACUUCCAAGAGACCAUGGAUGCCAUGCACAUCAUGAGCUUCUCCCAUGAGGAGAUUCUUGCCAUGUUGAAGGUGGUCUCUUCAGUGCUUCAGUUCGGCAACAUCGUCUUCAAGAAGGAGAGGAACACUGACCAGGCCUCUAUGCCUGAUAACACUGCCGCUCAGAAGCUGUGUCACCUGCUGGGUAUGAAUGUAAUGGAGUUUACCAGAGCCAUCCUGUCACCCAGGAUCAAAGUGGGAAGAGACUACGUCCAGAAAGCACAGACUAAAGAGCAGGCUGACUUUGCCGUGGAGGCUCUGGCUAAAGCCACAUACGAGCGUCUGUUCCGCUGGCUGGUCCAUCGCAUUAACAGAGCUCUGGACAGGACCAAACGACAGGGGGCCUCCUUCAUCGGCAUCCUGGACAUCGCCGGUUUUGAGAUUUUCCAGCUGAACUCGUUUGAGCAGAUGUGUAUCAACUACACCAACGAGAAGCUGCAGCAGCUCUUCAACCACACCAUGUUCAUCCUGGAGCAGGAGGAGUACCAGCGGGAGGGCAUCGAGUGGAGCUUCAUCGACUUCGGUCUCGACCUGCAGCCCUGCAUCGACCUCAUCGAGAGGCCGGCGAACCCUCCAGGAGUGUUGGCUCUGCUGGAUGAGGAGUGCUGGUUCCCCAAAGCCACAGACAAGACCUUUAUAGACAAGCUGAUCCAGGAGCAGGGCACACACUCCAAGUUCCAGAAGCCCCGCCAGCUCAAAGACAAGGCCGACUUCUGCAUCAUCCACUACGCCGGCAGGGUGGACUACAAGGCGGACGAGUGGCUGAUGAAGAACAUGGACCCCCUGAACGACAACGUGGCCACGCUGCUGCAUCAGUCAACUGACAAAUUUGUGGGUGAACUGUGGAAAGAUGUGGACCGGAUAGUGGGUCUGGACCAGGUGGCGGGAAUGAACGAGACAGCUUUCGGUUCCACCUAUAAAACAAAAAAGGGUAUGUUCCGUACGGUGGGACAGCUCUACAAGGAGUCGCUCACCAAGCUCAUGGCCACGCUGAGGAACACCAACCCCAACUUUGUCCGCUGCAUCAUCCCCAACCACGAAAAAAGAGCGGGUAAACUGGAGCCUCACCUGGUUCUGGACCAGCUGAGGUGUAACGGCGUCCUCGAGGGGAUUCGCAUCUGCAGACAGGGCUUCCCCAACCGCAUCGUCUUCCAGGAGUUCAGACAGAGAUAUGAGAUCCUGACACCAAACGCUAUCCCCAAGGGAUUCAUGGAUGGGAAACAAGCCUGUGAGAGGAUGAUCCAAGCCCUGGAGCUUGACCCCAACCUGUUUCGCAUCGGUCAGAGUAAGAUCUUUUUCCGAACCGGAGUUCUGGCUCACCUGGAGGAGGAGCGAGAUCUGAAGAUCACUGAUAUCAUCAUCUACUUCCAGUCUGUGUGCCGUGGAUACCUGGCACGCAAAGCCUUCGCUAAGAAGCAGCAGCAGCUGAGUGCCCUGAAGGUCCUCCAGAGGAACUGUGCUGCUUACUUGAAGCUGCGACACUGGCAGUGGUGGAGGCUCUUCACCAAGGUGAAGCCUCUGCUGCAGGUCACCAGGCAGGAGGAGGAGAUGCAGGCCAAAGACGAGGAGCUGAUAAAGGUGAAGGAGAGGCAGCUGAAGGUGGAGAACGAGCUGGUGGAGAUGGAGAGAAAACACCAACAGCUCGUAGAGGAGAAGAACAUCCUAGCCGAGCAGCUCCAGGCGGAGACGGAGCUGUUCGCCGAGGCCGAAGAGAUGAGAGCUCGUCUGGCAUCUAGGAAGCAGGAGUUGGAGGAGAUCCUUCAUGACCUGGAGUCAAGGGUGGAGGAAGAGGAGGAGAGGAACCAGAGCUUGCAGAAUGAGAAGAAGAAGAUGCAGUCACACAUUCAGGACCUGGAGGAGCAACUUGACGAAGAGGAAGCUGCAAGACAGAAGCUGCAGCUUGAUAAAGUGACAGCUGAGGCCAAGAUCAAGAAGUUAGAGGAAGACAUCGUGUUGCUGGAGGAUCAAAACUCAAAGUUCCUCAAGGAGAAGAAGCUGCUGGAGGACAGGAUCAGCGAGGCGACCUCCCAGCUGACUGAGGAGGAGGAGAAAGCAAAGAACCUCGGCAAGGUCAAGAACAAGCAGGAGAUGAUGAUGGUCGAUCUGGAAGAGCGUCUGAAGAAGGAGGAGAAGACGCGCCAAGAGCUGGAGAAGGCCAAACGCAAACUGGAUGCCGAGACGACGGACCUGCAGGACCAGAUCGCCGAGCUUCAGGCGCAGAUAGAGGAGCUGAAGAUCCAACUGGCCAAGAAGGAGGAGGAGCUGCAGGCUGCUCUGGCCAGGAGCGAUGAGGAGGCGGUCCAGAAGAACAACGCCCUGAAGCAGGUUCGGGAGCUGCAGGCCCAACUCGCGGAGCUCCAGGAGGAUCUGGAGUCGGAGAGGAUGUGUCGGAGCAAAGCCGAAAAACUCAAGAGGGACCUGAGCGAAGAGCUGGAGGCUCUGAAGACGGAGCUGGAGGACACGCUGGACACCACCGCCGCCCAGCAGGAACUCAGGACCAAGCGAGAGCAAGAGGUGGCAGAGCUGAAGAAGGCCAUAGACGAGGAGACCAAAAACCACGAGGCCCAGAUCCAGGACAUGAGACAGCGGCACGGCACCGCGCUGGAAGAACUGUCCGAGCAGCUGGAUCAGGCCAAGAGAUUCAAGGCCAACCUGGAGAAGAACAAGCAGACCCUGGAGAACGACAACAAAGAGUUGGGCAGCGAGGUGAAGAGUCUGCAGCAGGCGAAGACGGAGUCAGAACACAAGAGGAAGAAACUGGAGGCCCAGCUGCAGGAGUUUAUGGCCAGGACCACCGAGGUGGAGAGAGCCAAAGGAGAGCUGGCCGAACGCUCGCACAAACUGCAGACGGAGCUGGACAAUGUGUCCACCUUGCUGGAGGAGGCGGAGAAGAAGGGCAUCAAACUGGCCAAGGACGCCGACAGCCUGGGAAGCCAACUGCAAGACACACAGGAGUUGCUGCAAGAGGAGACCCGUCAGAAGCUGAACCUGGGCAGCCGAGUCCGCCAGCUGGAGGAGGAAAAGAACACCUUGCUGGAGCAGCAGGAGGAGGAUGAGGAGGCGCGACGCAACCUGGAGAAACAGCUGCAGACGGUGCAGGCUCAGCUGUUUGAGACGAAGAAGAAGCUGGAGGAGGACGUGGGAGCGAUGGAGGGCCUGGAGGAGGUGAAGAGAAAACUCCAGAAGGACGUGGAGCUGACGAGCCAGCGUCUGGAGGAGAAGGCCAUGGCCAUGGAUAAGAUGGAGAAGACCAAGAACCGACUGCAGCAGGAGCUGGACGACCUGUCGGUGGACCUGGACCACCAGAGACAGAUUGUCUCCAACCUGGAGAAGAAGCAGAAGAAGUUCGACCAGAUGCUGGCCGAGGAGAAGACCAUCUCAGCUCGGUACGCUGAGGAGCGAGACCGUGCGGAGGCCGAGGCCAGAGAGAAGGAGACCAAGGCUCUGUCUAUGGCCAGAGCUCUGGAGGAGGCCUUGGAGGCCAAAGAGGAGCUGGAAAGGUUUAACAAGCAGCUGCGCGCUGAAAUGGAAGACCUGAUGAGCUCCAAGGAUGACGUGGGGAAGAAUGUCCAUGAACUGGAGAAGUCCAAGCGUACGCUGGAGCAGCAGGUGGAGGAGAUGAGAACUCAGCUGGAGGAGCUGGAGGACGAGCUGCAGGCCACCGAGGACGCCAAACUGCGUCUGGAGGUCAACAUGCAGGCCAUGAAGGCCCAGUUUGACCGAGACCUGCAGGCCAGAGAUGAGCAGGGAGACGAGAAGAAGAGGGCGCUGGUCAAACAGGUGCGUGAAAUGGAGGCAGAGCUGGAGGACGAGAGGAAGCAGAGAACUCUGGCUGUAGCCGCCAAGAAGAAGCUGGAGAUGGACCUGAGUGAGCUGGAGGGACAGAUCGAAGCUGCCAACAAAGGCAGAGACGAGGCCAUCAAACAGCUCCGAAAACUACAGGCUCAGAUGAAAGACUAUCAGAGGGAGCUGGAGGAGGCCAGAGCCUCCAGGGACGAGAUCUUCACGCAAUCCAAGGAAAACGAGAAGAAACUCAAGAGCCUUGAAGCUGAAAUCUUACAGCUACAGGAGGACCACGCAGCGUCAGAGAGAGCGCGUCGACAUGCUGAACAGGAGAGGGACGAGCUGGCUGAUGAGAUCUCCAACAGCGCCUCUGGAAAGUCGUCGCUGCUGGAGGAGAAGAGGAGGCUGGAGGCUCGUAUCGCCCAGCUGGAGGAGGAGCUGGAGGAGGAGCAGGGCAACAUGGAGCUGCUCAACGACCGCUUCAGAAAGACCUCCAUGCAGGUCGACAACCUGAACACUGAGCUGGCUGGAGAACGCAGCGCAGCACAGAAGAGUGAGAACGCUCGGCAGCAGAUGGAACGGCAGAACAAGGAGUUGAAAGCCAAGCUAGCAGAGCUGGAAGGAGCCGUCAAGUCGAAGUUUAAGGCCGCCAUCGCCGCCCAGGAGGCCAAGAUCCUGCAGCUGGAGGAGCAGCUGGAACAAGAAGCCAAGGAGAGAGCAGCAGCCAAUAAAAUCGUCCGUCGCACAGAGAAGAAGCUGAAGGAGGUGAUGAUGCAGGUGGAGGAUGAGCGUCGCCAUGCCGACCAGUACAAGGAGCAGAUGGAGAAAGCCAACUCUCGUAUGAAGCAGCUGAAGCGUCAGCUGGAGGAGGCGGAGGAGGAGGCCACCAGGGCCACGCUUCCCGCAGGAAGCUGCAGAGGGAGCUGGACGACGCCACCGAGGCCAGCGAGGGCCUCACCCGGGAGGUCAACUCCCUCAAAAACCGGCUCAGGCGUGGUGGUCCCGUCAGCAGCUUCUCCUCUAGCCGUUCCGGCCGCCGCAACCUCAAUCUGGACGGCGCCUCCGUCGACAUGUCGGACGACGACGCCGACAGCCGCGCCAGCGACUUCAACGAGACUCAAACCUCCAACGUGGAGUAAACACAACGACCCUCUCGUUCCUCGCUUUUACCUCCUCGUCACUCCACCCCACCUCCCCUUCACCUCAUCCAUCUGUGACCCAGUCGUCCCCCCCACCUCCCCCCUCCAAAGAUCCUCUGCGUCAGCACGGUCUUUAUUCAUCUCAAACCACUGACUCGGACAGAAGACCGGAGCGAUGAGCUGUCUUGGGUUAAAGCAGCACGUCUCUGCCCCUUUUUUUUUUUGUAUCAGUUAACACUGCAGGGAAAAUCCACCGCCCUCCCCCUGAAGUAAAGCCUCCUGUCCUGGAGAGUCACAGGGGCAAAAGGACAAAUCUGCCUUAUCUGUUCCCCUCUGGCAAGCUGCUACUCCUGACUCGUAUCAUCUCAGUGUCAUAACAUAACGCUCCCCCUCCUCCCCCCCCCCCACCUCCCAUCAGGCGUGAAGUUCUCUGCUCAGCUUAUUGAGAAAGUUACUGUAGGUACAAAGUGCUUUUUAUCCAUAUGAAACUCUGCGUGUGUGUGUGUGUGUGUGUGUGUGACGUACACAUCAUACACGUGAACACACUCCAUACUGGAAAUGCAGGACUACAAGGUAAUGUCUUUCCACUCCGGUGUUGUUGUUAAGUGUUCUGCUCACACGUCGUGUAAAAGCCAUCUCACUCCCUCCUCACAAGUGUUCAAACUGGCUGACUGUCCCUUUUCAAAGUGGAAAAAAAAAAACAAAAAACAAAACCAACCCCGAGGUCACUGCGGCCUUCUGACUGCCACGCCGGCUGUUUUUUUUGCAUGAGUCUCCCUCUGAUGUACAGACUGCUGUUCAGCCUCCACGCUGCAGCGCUGCAGGAACCACGAACAUCUCGGGACAUGCGGUAGAACAAAACGGACUCUGAAUUGAAAGUGUAUUACUGUGAAGAAAAAAAAGAAAAAAAAAGGUAUUUUAUUCUCUGUUGCUUCAUCUCAACAUUUAGUGAAGGAAUGUCUAGCAGGGGUUUUAACCACCGACCUCGUAGCUCAACAGGUCAACACGUUUUCUAUUGUUGACCGUUGGGAAACACUAUCGGGUUUUUAACGUACGUCGUCCUGUGAAAACGGAUCGGCCCGAGCUGCAGGUGACGCAAAGACGCUGGAAAAUGCACAGAACUGCAGAGGAGUUUAAAACUGGAAGCCAACAGGAGCAGAAAGCUCUUAACUGGAAGCACUAAAGUGGAGCUCAGUCCACGUUUUCAAUGUGACACUAAAUGGUUUCAGCUCAGAUUAAACGUGUAGAACGAUUUUAGAAACGGAGACGGAUUGAAAGUCUUCUCACUGCGUUUCAGUGUUGGUGCCUCGUCACACUUUGCCCCCCCCCCCUCGUGUAUCACAACUAUAUUUGAGUCACAUAGUUAAAUAACUACCAGGCGAUCUUUGAGAACUCGAAACGCUGCUCUGAAGAUAUUUCCAGACUCCUCAAAGUGUCAGAAAUCAACAUGUUUAUCGAUUUUAAAAAGUGUAGUUUUUAGUUUCUCGUCCAGUCAGGAGCUACUUUUAACCUGAGGAUGUUUUGUGAAUAUGGCCCCAUCAGUGCUGAAGCUGUUCUGGAGCUUUUGAUCACAUCACACUGUCUUCAUCAGCAGAUGGAGCGUCCCCAGUUAUCGUUGGAUUGUAGAUGUUCAAAUGUCAAGAACUUUUUUUUUUUUAAGGCAGACGAGAAGUCCUUUAAAUGUUUUUAUUGUUCAACAGAUUGAAUAUUUUUUAUCAAGACGGUUUGAAAAGUUUUUGAAAAGACAAAUAUCUUCAGAACAGCAGUAAGUGGUUUCUGGGUUUUUUCAAAGAUCGGCAGGUGACUCGUGUGUGACGUUAAUACAUGAUAACGAUGAACAAGCUCCGGUUUGUUCCAAUGAUUUUAUGACCCGAUGCAGCACUUGGUAUUGAUAAGUGACAGGUUGUCUGAAAAGUUGUUUUCUGUCGUUGCUCUGCUGCCACCUCAACAGUUUUAACCACUACAGAGUGAAAACUACAUGCCAGGGUUCAUCAUAUCCAUCCAUCAACUCUACUUUGAUUUUUUUUUUUUUUUUUUUGGUGUUUCCUUUUCUUCUGGAUAUGCAGAUUAGGAUGGUUGUCAACUGCCCUUCUCCUCAAACGUUAACACUUAACAGUAUGUUUCUUUAAAAGUGCCUUAGACACUAAAUAAGAACAUAAGCGGGCAAAGAUUUCAUUACAGAUGUGAAGAAAAACAAAACAAAACCCUAAUGAGAUGAAACCGGUACAUCAAGAAGAUAUUCAACACUUAAUCUUUGUUUCUCUGUCUUUUGUAUUUUCGCUGUGCUUCAUAUCAUAUCCGAUGUGUACCUCUAUCGUUCAUAAUAACCUCCUAGCUAGAGUGUCUGGGUCAGAAUCAAUAUUCCAGUAUUAUGUUUAACUACAUGAGAAGAGCCCUCAGCAGCCACAUUUCCCCCAAAAUGAUUUUUGUACAAAGAUUUUUCUGAGUACUGAAGUUAUUUUGGGAGAUGAGCUGCUCAGGAUUUCAUUUGGUUGGAAGCUUUAACAUCCACAAGCAGAUAACUCGUUUUUCUUUUAUUAUUAUUAUUAUUAUUAUUAUUAUUAUUAUUCUCCAGCUGGCUGUUGACAACCAGGCAUUCAACUGCAGAUACUCCCAUCAUAUUAUUUCUUGUAUACCUGUAUUUCUAGACGGUAAUUUUUCUUUUUGUUUUGUUUGUUUUUGUAAAAGGAAAAUAAAGCAUAUUCAUUGUA